AGAGUAAACACUUCUGGACCUUAGAAUAUGAAGCAUCUGGAAAGUUCUGCACAUGGAAAUGGUCUCAGACCUAGGAGAAGAUCCAGAACUGUAAUUUUGCAGGGAAGCUGCACAAAGCAUUAAAUGAAAGAGUGCCAGAUAUAAUGAUAAUUAACUGGAUGCAAUAACUAGAUUAAGAAAGCAGCGAUGAUGUGAAUCCUUUCAAAAUCCCUGAACACAAUGAUCUUUUCCAGAUGAGGGACAAAGAAAAAACUCAGAGGAUGCUGGUGCACCAAAGUAAGUUGGCUUUACCUGUCCAUGAGAAGAUGACAUUUGCAGGCAGAACUAGUGCAAGGCAAGCCAGACUGAGGAAGGAACUGAAAGAAGGGGAGAGUAACACACACACUCAUGGACAGCUCCAAAUUACACCCGCAUGGAGGGCAUCUAUCAAAGACCCCAAAAUUGGUAAAGGAAGCAUUAAUGAAUAUAUCACUAAGAGACGAGAGCUGUUCUUACUUGAGUAUUCUCUGGCAGUAAAGAAGGAAGAGAUUCAGCUACUAGAGAAAAUGGCUGCAGAAGAAGAGGGAAAAUUGACAAGAGCUGAGAAGUUCUUGGAAGACGAUGCCAUUUUGUUUGAAGAAUUUCUGAAAGAAAAUGACAAGAAUUCUGUGGAAGCUAUCAAAAUUGCUGACCAGGAGACCAAGAUGAAGCUGGAGAAAGUAGCUGAGAUCAAGAAGACUACUUCCAAAAUGGUGGCAAUCAAGAGUGACAUCUCUAAGUAUGAGGACAUCCUGAAAGAGUAUAAAAAGUAUAAAGAGUUUCUGCUGAUGCUGUCACCCCCAGAGUGGCAAGAGAAACAGAGAUCCAAAAGCAGGCACUCUACUGACUCCACCAAUACUGAGAGUGAUGGAAAGCAGACAGAGAGAAUCAAGAAGAACAGAGAGAGAAAGACGGUCCCCCCAGACAGCAAGCGUGAAGAAAGACGAGUGGCUCAUGGUUUUUCAUCCUCUCGGGAGGCCAGGGCUUCAUCUAGACAAAGUGUGAAGUCCGGCCGUCAGAGCAGCAAAAUAUCUGCACCUGGGACUGACAGUUCGGAUUGUGAGGAUGACCCAGAAAUCUUCUUUAAAGAUCCCCAGGAUCUGUUGAAUCUGAUGACUGAGUUGGAAGAGCAGAACCUUUCACUCAUCCAGAACACUAGAGAGACAGAAGAGACUUUGGAGGAGUUCAGACAAAAUGCUGAACUGACUCGCAAAAACAUGGAGUCUGAGUCAAAGCAGCUAAAAGAGCAGAUUGAUUUCAUGACUGACACUAUUCAAAAGGAGAGAGAGAGACUUUCAGAGCUUGAACUGAAAUCCAAACACUUCAGCUUUGGACCGUACAAGCCAGAGGACCAGGACAAGACUCUCGACACACUGAGCCAUAAGGUGGAGGAGGUGUAUCACUGCUGUGUGGGGGAAACGGAGGCAAACCUGAACACUUUGCAGAUGCUGACGGCCAUUGAGGAAAAAUUGGGCCAGCUUCUGGAAAAUGCCGAAACGAUUCCAAAAGACCAAAUGAGUAUAGCUGAACGUGCCAAAGAGAAAGAGAGAAGAAUGAGACUGCGUGAUGAGAAGAUACAGUUGCAGAUUAAACAACAGGAGGAAAGACAGAAAAAAGCCUUGGCAAGAUCGCAGAAUGAGAUUAAGAAAACGUCUGUUAAGAAGCUGAUGCCACGCUCUCAGCCUCCUGUCCAUAAACGUCAGACCAAAAAAAGUGCUGAAACCACGGACCGGGAGAACCAAGAGUUCCUGUAUUUCUUUAGUUAAAUCACAUGUACGCAGAUAGUCGAAUUUGCAUUACAUUUACAUACAACUUGCUGUAGAUAGCAUCAAGUUUAUCGAGUAUAUAAAGGGUUUCCUAAACUAGGUUUAAAUUUUGAAGUUUGAAAGAACAUGAAUAUAAAUGAACAUGCAAAAGCUUGUGAGAACAAAGAAUAUGAAACUUGACAAAUAGUUGCAGACUCAAACUAGUCCAUUUUUAUUUUAAAUGUAAAAUUGUAUUAAUCUGUUUUGAAGAAACCAUAGCUAAUAAAUACAAUUGCAUCAUUUUAUAAAAAGUAUUUUUUUGUUGUUGUUUUUGAUUUGUUUUUAAACAGACAUGGAACAUAAGUGUAUCUGAACUUAACAAAGCCAUACAAAAAUAGGCAUCAAAACAACUUUGUUCCAUAAUGGUCAACCAGGCAAAUAAGUUAAGGUGAAAUUAGACUGACUUGAUUAAUUACAUAAACAGUUAAAUAUUUCAUAGACAAAUAGUAUUUAUUCUGGUUAAGAGACAAAUCAAUGAUGUUCACUGCAAUACCAUGUUUGUGUGCUCGCAAGUCAUCAGAUAUAAAAACUAAAUAUUGAAAAAAAAAAAAAAAAAA